AUGGCGGCACUCGCAAUGCCAAUGGCGAUUAGCUGGAUUCUAGUGUAUGGUAGCUCCUCCAGACCUGAUCUGACAUGCAUUUUCUGUUUGAGAUAUUUAGCUGUUUUUGUCUAUAUAGAGCUGGUCACAUCAAACACAAGCUCAGGCGAUGUUGUAGCUCGUCGGCCAAGAGGCCGGCCACCUAGCUCCAAAAACAAGCCUAAACUCCCGGUGAUAAUUACUCAAGAGAGCGCCAACACGCUCCGAGCACAUAUAUUAGAGGUCAGUAGUGGCUAUGAUGUGUUUGAAUUAGUUGCAACAUAUGUUAGAAAAAGGCAAAGAGGUAUUUGCAUAUUGAGUAGUAGUGGCACGGUCAACAAUGUGAGCUUGAGGCAACCGGCUGCUGCUGGCUCAAUCAUGACGUUACAUGGCUGGUUCGAGAUUUUAUCAUUGUCGGGCUCCUUCCUUCCACCAUCAGCUCCACCAGGUGCCACCAAUUUGACCAUAUAUUCGGCUGGUGGAUACGGUCAAGUUGUUGGAGGAAAUGUUGUGGGAGCUUUGAUUGCUUUUGGACCUGUGAUUGUUAUUGCUGCUUCUUUCACUAACAUAGCAUAUGAAAGACUGUCUUUGGAUGAAGAUGAUCACUCACUUCAGGCAGUGGCAGUAGUGGUGCUGUUGCUAGUGGCUCAAAUAAUAAAUUUUCUGAUCCAUCUUUAAGGCUUCCCUUAUUCUAAAUUAGUAUGUAAUUUGUAGACACUUUUGGUGUGGAUUGUUUGGAUGAUGUACUUUUUCUCAAGUUUGGAUGAUUGUAUUGCUUCUUUUAUAUUAUUGUACUAGCUACGUUACAAUCCUUCAAAAUUUAGGAUUGGAGAUGCUUGUGUGGCAGGAUGAAAUGUGGUUUCUGCCGUCAU